GGCACUCCUCAGUUACAACACAGUCCCAGACUGCACCUCGGAGAGCAGGGGCGGAAUCUGCAGCUGUCACUCCUAAGGUUUACCUCCAUUAUCACAUCCAGCCGGAGCCUGGAGAAGAAGAAGCUCAACUGAUCACUCUCUAGAAAUACAGGAGACAUCAUGGGAGGCAAACUGAGCAGGAAGAGGAAGGGAUAUGAUGUGAGCGACCCCAAAGAGACAAAGGGUGAGACUGCAGCUGCUGGUGCAGAGGAGUUUGCUAAAGUGGAGGAUGGAGCCCCACCCACAGAGGCUCAGUUGACAGCUGAGGCUGACAAUGUGGUAAAGGAAGCUGCAGGGUCAGCUGUGGCAGCAGUAACUAAAGCUGUAGAAGCUCCAGAGGAGCCCAAAUCUGCACCUCCAGAAGAACCAGCUGCAGCAGCAGACGAAGCAGCUCCAGUCGCAAAAGAACCGACUGCAGCAGCAGCAGAGGAAGCAGCUCCAGUAGUAGAAGAACCAGCUGCAGCAGCAGAUGAAGCAGCUCCAGUUGUAGAAGAACCAGCUGCAGCAGCAGCAGAGGAAGCAGCUCCAGUUGUAGAAGAACCAGCUGCAGCAGCAGCAGAGGAAGCAGCUCCAGUUGUAGAAGAACCAGUUGUAGUAGCAAAGGAAUCUGCUCCAGCAGCAGAGGAACCAAUCACAGCAGCAGAGGAAGCAGCUCCGGUAGUAGAAGAACCAGUUGUAGUGGCAGAGGAAUCUGCUCCAGCAGCAGAGGAACCAGCUCAAGCAGCAGAGGAACCAGCUCAAGCAGCAGAGGAGCUGCUUGUUCCAGUAGUACAGGAGCAAGUCCCAGUAGAGCUCCCAGAGGCUAAAGCAGCAGCAGCAGAGGAACUCUCUGCUCCAGCAUCAGAAGAACCUGUGCAAAUUGAGGCUGAACCAGAGCCUACAGCUGCACCCGAAGAGCUACCUGUAGCGGAACCUGCUGCAGCUGGGGAAUCUGUACCAGAACCAGAGGUUGUUCCAGUCAUCACAAAGGAAGCACCUGAGGACCAAGAACCAGAGCCCAUCCCAGAGACUGUUACUGAGCCUGAAGCAACUGUCGUGGAGACAGUGGUCCCUGCUGCUAUCCCUGAACCUGAGCCAGUGGCUGAACCAGCUGUACAAGCAGUGUUGGAGAAAGCCCCAGAACCAGAGCAAACCCUCGAGCCAGAACCAGAGCCAGAGGUAGAGCAGAAACCAGAGCCAGAGUCAGUGGAAGCAUCUGAGCCAGAACCUGAACCAGUGCAAACCCCAGUGCCAGUGCUAGAACAAUCACCAGAGCCAGAACCAGAGAAAGUACAAGAGCCAGAGCCAAAACAAGAGGCUGAUGCAGGGGAACCAGCAGCAGAGGAACAAGUAGAAGAAGUUGAGCCAGAACCAGUCAUAGCCACAUCUGACAUUCCUGAACCUGAGACUGUGGAAGCAGAAGCACCUGAGGUCUUGGAGACUGCAACAGAGGAGGUCCCCAGUGAACAUCAACGUGAACAGGACGAAUCUGUUGCAACCGAAGCCUCCAGCACUGAGACGGCAGCUGAGCCAGAAGCACCAGAACCCGUCCCUGAGAUUGUCAUCUCAGAGUCUGUAUCUGCCAGCGAAAUUACUGCUGAGUCUGAAGUGGAAGCUGAGGCCACUGCGGAAGAGGUGCCUUGCCAAGGGCCCGAGGUCAAAAGCGAGAUGGAGAAUGGAGAUUUAGAGUGCGAUUCUCGCACAAAGGAUGUGGCGGAAGUAGAUGCACUUCCAGCUGUGAAUGGAGAGUGCACAGAUCCUACUGCCACACACACAGAGGAAUGUGUUAACGGUAGUGAAAUGCCAGAGGAGACGCCUAUCAAGGAGCAGAGUGACUUUGAACUGAAAAAGGAUGUGAACCUGAGUGGGGAUGCCCAGGAAGUUCCCGAUGCAGUCUCCGACGUGGUUGAAGGUCUCGGCACCGAGGUCACCCAGGCGGUCUGAAAAGAAGCCAUCUUUCAAAUCAACGUGAAGUCAGUUUAAUCCUCAGAUGGUGCGAGAAAGCCAUCAAGGUAUCACAAACACAGCUAGGCUUUCUGAAAUGCUGUAACCACUGCAAUGUCUCUUGUGGUAACUCAGGCAAAAGGAUGUUUUCUUUUGAGUAACCAAAAAUGAAAUGCAACCACUUGAGGAUAGAAUGAAGGAGAGAAAGAGACAGAGAGAGAUAGGCAGAGAGAGAGAGCAAGAUAGCAAGUGAGAUGGAAGUGCAAAGGGAGACUUGAGUUUAAAAUCUGUUGGGUGCAGACAGACAGACAAACAUGACAGCAGAGCAAAAAAUACUGGACAGUAAAUAUGAUAUUAAUGAAUGAAAUUAAUAAAUCUGUCUUUGUGUGUGACCCCAAUGAAUAUUACAAAGUGGUUUAUUGGAACAGCAUUCAUCAUUAGUAUAUUAUCUGAUUUAGAAUUUCAUAUAUCCUUUCUAUUACUAUAAGCAGAGACGUGACUGAAAUGUUUUGGCCUUUUAUAAUAAUGGAACCUGUGAGGACUGUUAAUUUUAAAUGAAUUGAUUGUUCGGAAUAGAGAAUAAAAACAGAUUGUUAUAGCC